GGUGCGCCCGCCUCCCACCGCCGCCGCCGGGCCUGCCCGCCGCCGGGCUUUGUUGUGGAGGCAGCGGCGCGGGCCGGCGGGGGAGGAGCGCGCAGCUAAUCCAAAAGUAAAUGAGGAACUUAGGAAAAGAUUGCCAACUCCAAAUCAACACAGUUACACAGAAUUGAAAAAGAAGCAGUGUACAGCUUCAUUUGAAGACUUUUGUAAGGAACUCAGUGUUCUGCGAUAUGAGCUCUGAAAUCUUGGAGCAAAAACUGGAGUCAGUGCCAGAUCAAACAAGUUCAGAAGAACAAAUGGAGGACUGGUCAAAAGACAUACAUAUUCAGGAACACAAAAGAGAAGACUUCUGUGCUGAAUUUCAUCAAGAUUAUUCAAAAAAAAAAGAAUUUUUCAUCCAGACAGAAGCUGAAGCCCUGAAACUUUCAGAUUUGCCGGUAACCGGUUUAAGUGGAGGAUCGCCAAAUGUGUGUGGUGAUUAUAAUCCCAGUCCAGAAGACUUAAGCUCUGUAGAAAGAAAGGAUGACAGGAUGUUCCCUGACUUUAUAUCCUCAUGGAAAGAUGCUGCAGACUUAGGUAGAAAGACAGAAACUGCAUUCCUUUUGAAAGAAUUGGACACUCUAAGGGCCAAAAAUACAAAGCUUCAAGAUAAGCUCUCUGAAAAGGACAAGGAGCUGAAGACAAUAAAACUGGACUUAGAACUGCAAGACAGAGCUACAGAAGCUAAGAUUGCAGAAAAGAUUGCAGCUCUGGUUGAAGAAGUUUAUUCUGCUCAACGGGAACGUGAUGAGGCUGUCAUGGCAAGGCUUAGAUUAGCUAAUGAAGAGAGAGAUGAAGCAUUUCUACGAGUGCGGCAUUUAGAGCAGUCUCUCAAAGAGCUAGAAAAUAUUAACCCUGAAGAAAAUGACAUGACAUUACAGGAAUUACUGAACAGAAUAAACAAUGCAGACACCGGCAUAGAUAUACUGAAGAAUGGAGCUAUAAUUCUGAAUCGAAUACACAGGACCAAAGAACGUAAAAAGAAAAUUGUAGCUGAGGAAAUGAAUGCAGUGAUAGAACAACGGGAUGCUGCUUUGUCUCAAUGCAAACGGCUGGAGCAGGAGCUUCAUCAUCUGAAAGAGCAGAACCAGACUUCAGCAAACAACACGAGACAUCUGACUGCUGAAAACAAUCAAGAACGUGCUCUGAAGGCAGAAUUGAUAAUCUUGCAACAGGAAAAAGAAGCUGUUCUUCAACAAUGCAAAAAACUAGAAGAGGAAAUCCAGACGUUGCGUGUUUAUUACAGGCUACCCAAAUCCUUGUCUCAAGGAUUGAGUCCGAAGGAUCAGCCUGGCCGUAGUUUUGGUACCUCUGAAAGUGGGCUGCGCAGAGGGGACGACGUUGUGACCCUUCUGUAUCGCCAGGUAGAAGAACUGGCAGCCCAACUGCAGCAAGCCCAGUCGCAGCAGCAGGACACCGAGGUGAAGCUCCAGAAGGCCUUGGAGGCUUCACGGGAAGCCAAUGAAAAAGUUCAGAAGUUGGAAAGACUGGUGGACGUCCUGAGGAAGAAGGUUGGAGCAGGGACCAUUAGGACCGUGAUCUGAUUGAAAGCUGUAGUCUAAGGAAGCAUUCACAUCUGGUGACCAGGCUGCUUCAUUCAGCGCUGUGUAAACACUAAAGCCUUAACUUAGCAAACAGUUGUUAGAAGUGGGACACUCCAGCGACAUUCCAAGCUGAGAUAAAAUCAAAUCAUAAAUGUUUAACUACUUUGCUGCUGAGUUCUCUGAUUUGUCGAAAUAUUUCACUGCAAACAUAUAUUUGUUUUUAAGCAGAUGCAUUGUGGCACAAUGCACUGUGAAAAAUGGUCCAGAUGCGUAUUUUAGCAGUCUGUUCUCUCAGUGUUGCUGGACUGUAGUCUGCUGCAAGACAGCCUGAUCGUGUUUCCAAAUACCGCCUUGCUUCAGGUGCAAAAUCCUGCAAGGCAGUUUCCAAAUUUAAAUCUCCUGUGUUAUUUCUGAAACUGCAAAUAGUCCAGUAUUUGUAAGUUAAAUAUAUUAAUUGAUAAAGUAGGUUCACAUUCAAAAAAUAUCUCUGGAUAAUAUCUUGGAAAUUUUUUUCCCCUUACUCAGAGCCCGUUCAGUUGUGCAGCUGUGCCUGGAGGAACAGGUUCAUAUAUUGCUGUGUGAAAGCUUUGUAACGUUGUGCAGUAUCUCAGAGUGGGGAAUUUUCUGAAUUGCUGUUGAUCACUGCUCUGUCCUUUCCUGUGAGAGGAAAUCUCUCAGAUAUUCAGGAUCCGCCUGACAAUCAAAACUCACAUAUUCAGUGUGAAAUGGGUGUCUCACCCCUUUCCUACAAGAAUUUUUGCCUGUUCCUUCUAAGUGGAAACUCUGUGCUCUGUGCUGUAGGAGCAGCAUCCAGGCUGGGGCUGAGGCCAGCCUGCCAGCUGUCCACUUUGUUUACUCCUCGAGUGCCCUCAGAGUGAACCCUAAGGCUGAAGAAUAGAAGGCAACAGGAAGCUGGGAAAAUAGAAGAAAAAUAGGAGAAAAUUUUCAGGUACGGAUGCUCUAGACCUCACAGACACAGCAGAGUUAGCUCUAGAAUUAUAUAUGUGACCCCUACACCUCCAUGCAUCCUAGCUGUCCGUGGCACAUGGCUGAAGCUGAGUAGAGAGGUCAGCUCCAUGCUGGCAGUAUCUUGCUCAGGAAGGGCAAGUGUAAACUCUGAGCAGCUCAAAUUCAGUAUUGACUCUUGGAAGUACAGUGGGCUUUAAGCUACCCCAGGAUGAGCCAGCUUAAGCAGAGUGGAUGUAGUUAAUAAAGCUUCUGCUUGGUCACUCUGCUUUGUCUUUAAUGUUGUCAUGCUGUCUUCUCUCUCAAAUUUUGCUUGUAAUGAAGGAUUAUUCUAGCAGAAGAGUGAAGAAGAAAAUGAAAUUUUAAUGUAGGUUUGGCGGAGAUAUUUUGAUGCUUUUCUUUCCUUUCAUACACUUCCUUAUUAAACCUUCAUCAUCUGCACAUUUAAGAUGCUCUUAAUUUCAGUCCACCAAGUCUGGCCCCUUGCAUGGAAAUUGGUAGCAUUCCUUCAGUCCAAAUUUUCCAGAGUCUCUUCUAGAAACUUCCUCAAAACAGCCAGAGCCUACCCCAUUCACCUAGCAGGAGGAAAGUUUAAUGCUUCCAGAUCUGAAUGUUGUCAAACCCCAGCUUCCAGCUUCUUAGCCGUCCGGUGUAUGCUGCUCUCCAGGGCUUGGAAGACUCUACUGCUUUUUUUCCUCGCUACUGUCAUUAUUGAACCCUAGGGCACAGACAAGAUCUCAUGAGCUGUUGGUGCUAUUGAACCAAUUGUGAUUUAAGGAAAUGGCCAAAGAAGGAACGAAGCUGGAGAUAUAAGGACUACUAUAUUAUGUUUGACCAAAAGCCCAACUAGCCUAAAAAGUGCCUUUCACAAUGACCAGGAGUAGGUGCUUAGGAAAGGUUAUAAAAUCAGGCAGAUGCUAGUGACCCUUCUCUAGAAUAGUCUUCCAUCCUCCAUCAAUUUGUCAUUUAAGGGCUUUCCAAACCAGAGAUAGUGUCUUUAUAUUUAGUACCAUUUAAGGGCUUUUUUUUUUUGUGACUGAUUUUUCAAUCCAUUUAAGGUUUUAGUAUCUAUUCUGUCCUGCGACAAGAAGUCCUGUAGUCAGUAGUGCACUGAGUGAUGAAGCAUUUCCUUUUCUUAUUAUGAAUCGGGUAGACUAAUUUGAUAUCACCUAAUUUUCAUAUUAGAGACAGUGAAGAACCAUUCCUUGUUCAUAUUUUGCCAAUGCCCCUAGUGAUUCGCUGUAUUUCACAUUAUUCCUCUAUCAUCUCAUUUACAGCCAGAAGCCUUAGUCUCCUGUAAACUGGCUGUCUCGUGUUUUUAAUUGGCCUUGUUGCACUAGUCUCAUUCUUUUCUGGCUCUGCAGUGUUUUUACUGAGAUAGAACCAGAUUUGCCUGUGGAAUUCAAGAUGUGGACAAACUGUCA